UAGCAAAUACUGUCAUACAAAUAACUAUACCAAUACCAACAUUAAUAGUAACAGCAACAACUAUUCAAACUACAAUUGUAACAACAUCACUAUUCACAACUGAGAAUCCAGCAUUCUUUCAAAAUCAAAACAUUUACAUAACUAAAGAACCUUACCAAAAAUUAGUGCUUGAAUUAUUACAACCAAAAGAAGAAUCUAAAUAUAUUAUUAAAGAAGUAAACCAAGAAGUCAAAGAACCAGAAAAACAAUUAUCUUUUCUAGAAAAAGAAGAACUCAGAAAAGCAAAAGAAAAACUAUUAACUAAACUUCAAGAAUUAGGACAAGAAGUAACAGAAAUAAUUGAAAGAGAAGAAUUAACCAGAGUAAAUAUAAUACUAUUACCAACUACUACACCAUCAUUACAAACAAUAAAAGUAAAAGUAGUAACAAGAAAUACAUUUAGAAGAACAAUAUCUGAAGAAGAAUUAGCUUGCCUAAUAAUUUAUAACCACAAAUUACAAAAUUACUUAACAUAUAAUCUAGCAGUACAGCAAUCAGGAAUUGCUAAGACAAGAAUACAAGAAUUUUUAAAGAAUGCCAAAAUAAUAAAACCACAAAUCUAUUAA